AUGGCCGUUGCGCGAAGGUUCCGCGUCAGUAUGUCCUGCGAGGCCGGCACGCUUCUUCUCCUCCUGCUCCUGGGCUUCCUGCUGGGGCUCGUGCCCGCGUCCGCGCUCCCGGUGCGGACCAGCAACACCAGCAGCAGCCAGCUGGAGAGGCAGUGGGACUGGGAGACCCUCUUCUCCCGCUCCGUGCUGGGGGUCUCCGGGGAGAAGCCCGAGCAGAACUGGGAGACGGACUACCUGCUGGGCAUCAAGCGGGUGCGGAGGCUCUACUGCAACGUGGGCAUCGGGUUCCACCUGCAGGUUCUCCCCAGUGGGAGGGUUAAUGGGGCCCACAGCGAGAACCAGUACACUCUGAUAGAGAUCUCCACGGUGCAGCGGGGGGUGGUGAGCCUCUGCGGGCUGAAGAGCGGGCUGUUCCUGGCGAUGAGCAGCAGGGGGAGGUUGUACGGAACGACAGUCUUCCACGACGAGUGCAAGUUCAAGGAGAGCCUGCUCGCCAACAACUACAACGCCUACGAGUCUCUGGUCUACCGAGGCUCCUACAUCGCACUGAGCAAGCACGGCCGCGUGAAGCGUGGCAACAAGGCCACCACGGCCAUGACUGUCACGCACUUCCUGCCCCGGAUAUGA